AUGGCUUCUCCAGUCAAAUCCACCGAAUCAUCCUCUGAAAUCCCAAUUGGGAUCAAAGACGUCGAAGAAUGGUCCAUCAUUGCCAUCAUCAGACACGCCAACUCCAUCGAGUAUAAAGGACCCAUGCUCCCUGUCAUCGAUAAAUUCCUCAAGGAGGUUAAGGAGAAGUAUGAGAUGAACAAGUACAGAAUGCAUUCUGGAACUUAUCAUAAAGCUUGUUUGGCUUUGGAAGCGUUUGAGAAGGAUAUGGAACUGUUCAAGUACGCCCUCCAAAUGGGCCGAGACAUCCGUGAGAAUAUGCACUAUAUUAUGGAACAGACUAAGAUUCCCGAUAUGAAGCCUGAAGAGAAGGCUGCUGAGAUGCAGAAGGCCAUUGCUGCGGAGCGUGAGGAGAAGGACGCUUUGUCUAGAGAAGCUGCCAACAAGGCGUUGAAGGAGUUUAUUCAAAGGCAGUUCGCAGAUAAUAAGAAGGAAAAAGCCCUAGACAAGAGCGCGGAAGAUCCUCAACCAGUCAAUUUGGAUGAUAUUAAGUGCAAUCAAUGCACGGUUCCAGUCUCUCUAGAAAAGGUCAUGUGCUACAAAUGCCAUGUGGACCACGAGAGGUCAAUCCUGGCUCCUGGCCGUAAAUUCAAAAACAGGAAAGAGGAGCUAAAGUUCCGCGAGCAGCAAAAGAUCGCCGAGCGCCGUGAAGCCAGACUUCUCAAGGAGAAGGAAGAUUCAGCAAGGUAUCGGUCAAACAACGACUUUGUCCGUGAGUGCUACGAGAUCCAGCAAGCUCAGAAGAGGAAAAGGGAGGAGCAGCAAGAUGCUCGGGAACACAAUGUUAGUACAGUCAGGAAGGCCCGCAGGUUAAUGGACGACAGCGACGACGACAUUACACACCCUAAUCGAUAUUAUGCUCCUCUCAGAGGGUUUUGCGCCGAUGCUGCGUUUCCCAGUAACGAACACCAGCCGGCUCUUGUUGCGCCACCACCGCCAAAGAGGGCCCCUCAGCCAUCCCAGGCGGACGAUAACAACAAGCCUACAAGGAACGCUCAACUUAGUGCGCUGUUUGUUGGGUUGCCAAAGCCUGGGCUUUAG